GUGAAGGCGUACCAUUACCUUCCCAUUACAGCCAGAGUGACUAAAGCGCAUUGUGUACUUGGAGAUCCAACAGUAAAGGUGUCUUCAAGAGCAGUCAGGAGCAAUGGCCGUGGCAAACUUUCAGUAUAUAACUCGAAUGAGCAGUGGAUUCAAAGUCUACAUUUUAGAGGGUCAGCCACAUCAUAGAAGUGAAGACCGAUUUAGGCACAUCCAAACUGAACCACAACGAGCUCCAAGUGGAAAUCCUCUAAAACGCAAGCGCAGUUUCGAGCGAGGGUUGACCUUAGAGGAAAGACGGGAGCGGGCGCUGAGCAGAAGUCUUGCCAAAGCAGCAGAAAGAGAGUCACAAGUCGCAUCGCACAGUCCACAAAGCUCAACUUCUUCUUGGAGUCCAGCUUGCAGUCCUACCAGCCCUGUUCCUCCUCAUGUCUACUACGCACCCAUCAUGGAUGAACCACUCGCCCUUAUCAAGAAACCCAGAAAGGAUCCAGAAAUCACACAAGAGAAGCCCAAAUGUACCACCCAAAUCCAGAUGCGGCCCUCUGUGAUAACCUGUGUGUCCUCUUUAAGAAGCCCAACCAGCAGGCCUGACAUCCACAAGCCCAUUUUGUCAGUUUCCCAAAGCCACUGUGACCGUGUUGUAGAUGAGCACUUCCAGAGGAGCCUGGGCGAAAGGUACCAGAAAAUGGUCCAAUCCCAGCAGCAGCUCUCCAUCAGCGUUUCUGUAGACGACCAUUUUGCCAAAGCUCUGGGAGACAAGUGGCAGCAGAUCAAAUGUAAAUCUUCAUCCUGUUCCUCCACACCUCCUAGCAGCCCCAGCGUCACCCACUCACCCACAUACAACAGCAGCCCGUACAGAGAGCCCACAAGCUCCAACCGCUGGUCCAUUCACUAAAGCAGACAAAAGGACAAAAGACUUUUGGGACUCUUAACAUUUCAAUGCAACUCUAAUUGUCAAGCAAUGGUUUUAUCCAAAUGACAUCACAAAACUACUAUCACCUUGAAAAAAUUGUGGUUCUUGACAUUUGCUAUUAUAUAGGAAACUACAUGCCAUAAGGAAAGACAAUAUCAUGAUAUCAUCAAACUGAUACAUUUGAUAUUUUUCAUAGUACUGUUACCUGCCUAUUGGCCAAAUGCACCAAAAAUGUCAAUAUUGUGAUAUGCCAUAUAUUUGAUGUGAAUUCCUGUUUGUGCUGUUGAGUCUGAUGAAAUCCUUUUACAUUUCUUUGUAAAAAAAAACAAAACAACAAAUAAUAAUAAUAACUGUGGGAUUGACACAGAUUUAUUGUACUGUUUAUUAUUUAUAAAGUGGGGCCUCUUCCAAAACAUUUGCUGUGUAAAUAGGCUACUGUAAACAAAAUGUAGUAUAAAUAAUAAAAACAAUCUUGAACAUA